AUGAAGGCCUCUUUCGUCGUCUCUCUCCUUCUCUCCCUUGGAGUCUCAGCUACCCCAGCUGUCGACACUACCACCAUUGAAGACGGUGGCUUCACCUACACUGGUAUCGACAAGCCUCUUCUCGCCCUCCGUGGUCUCGAGGCCCGUUGCGACUGCUUCCCCUGCUACUCUCCUCACGCCGACUGUUCCCCAGGAAAGUGCCAGUGUGCUGGAGACUACGGCUGCUGGUCUUGUGGUGGUGGACGCAUGCAGUGUCAGCCCGGCCCUGGCUCUGGACAGUGCUGGACCUAA